CCAAAAAGUGGUGAAACCGGGUGGGGUUGGACCCGCGCCACGUUGUGAGGUUGAUGAGGUUGCGACGAAGUGAGAGUGAAGUUGGGACAAAGACAUCGUAAUAGCUUGUUUGCCUACGACGAAUGCAUCGUGCUCAGGUGCUAGCCCAUCAUCUGAGGGCGCGAAGCUGAACCUUAGUGCAUACGAUGCAGAUCCGAACAGUCGCGUUGGUUUCCGCAACAUGCUCGCCACGUCCCAGCCACCAUACCAACCGCUUUGCCCAGCUGAAAUUGUGUGGCGAGAUCUGAUUGGCGACAUGGAUUGCGCAGCAAUGGCCGCUUGCAUGCCAAGGCAGCCGCAUGAUCGGCGGAACGGGUUUCGAAGACUCAGCGGGGACAGCACCGUCUUUAGGGACGACGCGAGGGAGAGCGUGGAGUGCGGAGCCGAGGGGGAGAGGGAGAGAGAGGAUGGAAGCGAGAGCAGUGGGAGUGAGGUAGAUCUAAUCGAGGCAGAAUGGGGUGAUCAUGGCGGGAAGGGUCACUCUGAUUCAGAGGAAGAAGCGGCAGAAAGAGCUGUGCCGCUCGAAGAGGGGAUGGCGGGAACGGGGAUGGAGGCGAUGGCGGAAGCGGGGAUGGAGGGGAUGGCGGACGAGGGGAUGGAUGCGGAGGGGAUGGAUGCGGAAGAGGGGAUGGCGGAAGAGGGGAUGGCGGAAGAGGGGAUGGCGGAAGUGGGGAUGGCGGAAGAUGGGAUCAUGGCGGAGGAGAGAGCGCAGCGGCGGCGGCAGUCAUGGCUGUGGAGCGUGGAGUGGCUCGCGUCGUGGCCGCUCAGACGACUCAGCCACACGUGGCGCCAGCGGCUGUUCUGGCUGUGGGGGCUGGCAGCCUUGGGCAUUCUGACCCUGGUGCUGGUGUGGGUGUGGCGGCUCUCAGAGAGGGACGCGUGGGACGAGCUGGCAGCGCACUGCGACGAGUGGGCGGCGUUCGUCGAGGGCAAGUUCAACACCACGGCUGCCAACACGCACUCUCUCGCUGAUUUCGUCCGCACCUACUACCUCGAUAGCGCAAAGGAGAGCUUUCGCAAUGUGGCCAAGUUCCAGGGGUUCACUCAAUCCACUCUUGACGCCCGCCCCCUGGCAUCAUUCGUGGGGUUUUCAUUCCUCUUCAACACCUCCGCAGCGCGGGCCACAUUGGAGAGGGAGACCGGGCAGUGCGUCUUUGGCUACGGCCCGAACGGCACCUUCCCCUGCCAGCCCCUGGGCGAGCCCAUGUACUCGCCGAUCGUCUUCUUCAACAUAAGGCCGGGAUACAACACCCUGGUGGACUUCAACAGCCGUUGCUGUCUGGACAUCAUGUCAGAUCCAAGUUUCAACGCAACGAUUCAUCGAUCCAUCGCCCUGGCCUCCUCUGCCAUGGCACCACCUUUCAUGCGCGGCGACUACCCCUACCACUACCUCGGCCACACUUUCCCCGUCUACCACAACCACACCACCUUCGCCCUGCCGCCCAUGUACCCCCCUCCCACGCCCUCCUCCCUCCACCUCCCCCCCCUCGCCCACCCCGGGAUACUCCCGAGGGGCUUCCUACUUGCGGGGUAUAACUUUGCGAGCCUGCGAUCGACGGUGGGCUUUAAGGAGCUGGUGCAUCCGAAUGCACGUGUCUAUCUGGUGGAUGGGACCAGGGGUGGGGAUGGGGAUGGAGAUAGGGAUGGGGGUGCGGGCAGCUGGGUGCCAAAGUUGAUGUUUGAGCAAGAAGGGGUGGUGGGUGAGGAGGAGAUAGGGAGGUGGAUGGUGGAUUUAGAGGGGAAGGAGAAGGCGAAUGUGGGAGGGAGAGUUCAGCGUGCAGUGUACCUGGGUGACUCGACCAGACGCUUCUACCUUUUCUGCGAGCACGCAUCCUACACCAAGCCGUUUGGCCCCUUUGUGUGGAUCGUGGUGGCCGUGCUCUUCCUGGCCGUGUCCACCUUCCUCCUGUGGACGUGCAUUCAGCUCAUGGCCACCUUCGAGUCCGACUGCCAGCACAUCGCCACUGCACAGGAUCAACUCAGGGAGGCCCGGUUGGAAGCCGAGGCGGCCAGCCGCGCCAAGGGGGAUUUCUUGACAACCAUGUCGCAUGAGAUCCGCACACCCAUGAACGGCGUCAUCGGCAUGCUGAACCUGCUGCUGGAGACGCCCCUGGACGGCACGCAGCUGGACUACGCGGAGACGGCGCGCAGCAGCGGGCGCGCGCUGUGUGCGCUGAUCAAUGACAUUCUGGACCUCUCCAAGAUCGAGGCGGAGAAGCUGCGCCUCGAGCGCAUCCCGCUGCACGUGCGCACCGAGCUCGACGACGUGCUCGCGAUUUUCGUCGACAGUGCGGAGGAGAACCGGUCCAUCGAGCUCGCGGCGUUCGUUGCGGACGACGUGCCCGAGACGCUUAUUGGAGACCCGCUCCGGGUGAAGCAGUUCCUCCUCUACUCCCUACUCCAGGUCCUCAUCAACCUCAUAGGCAACGCCUUCAAGUUCACCACCAAGGGCCACAUCUUCAUCGCUGUCCGGGUGGCAAGCAGCACCAAUGCUGCUGAUGAUGCUGGCGAUGAUGGUGACGGUCCCCCACUGCUGCUCCCAGCCUCGUCCUCCGCCUCCUCCUCCUCGUCAGUCGAGAAGAAGGACUCAGCUGACGCAGAUGAUGAUGCCAUGGCUGCCUCAGAAGCCCCAGCAUCGCCAGAUAUUGGUGUGCAUGGGAGCGGAGGUGCUGGUGCUAAUGAUGGCUUUGAUGGCCGUGGAUCUACCAGGGCUGCUGGGGCUGCUGGGGCUGCUGGGGCUGCUGCGGAUGGCGAGGAUGCUCCUGCCGGCCCUUGCUGUGUGACCUUGAGCGGGCGGCCAGCAAUGAAGACGUGGUGCUCGUGGGAGCGCAUGGGCGGCAGCAUGGACCUCGACACGGUGGGGGCGGCCUGUCACACCUGCCAUGGUGGUGGCGUGGCUAACCACAGCUGCCAUGGUGGUGGCAUGGCCAGCCACACGUGUCAAAGUGCCCUGGCUCCCAACCAGCCAGUGCGCCUGCUGGUGGCGGUGGAGGACACAGGUAGCGGCAUCCCGCGUCACGCGCAGAGGGACAUCUUUCAGUCGUACGCCCAAGCGGAUCGCAGCACAGCUCGCCUGCAUGGAGGCACGGGGAUCGGCCUCUCCAUAUGCAAGCGGCUCGUGUCGAUGAUGGGGGGAUCCAUCUCCUUCACGAGCAAUCCAGGUGUCGGCACCACCUUUCUCUUCGACAUCAUCCUCCACACACCCCCUCUCGCUCACCCCUCCCCUCCUCCUAACCCCGACAGGCCUCCCCCUCUCCCUCCCCUUAUUACAACGUCUCCUCCUCAGCCCCUCACUCCUCAUUCUCACCUCCCUGCCCCACUCCCCUCCACUCUCUCCAUCCCUUCCCCGCCCACUGCUUCCCCAACCUCCCAACAAAUUCCCGCCAUACCAUCCGUACGUUCCAUCUCGCCAGCUACUAUCUCCUCGCCUCAUCCGCUUAGCCCGUGCGACGGGUCCCCCCAAGCCACAAGCGAGCAGCAGCAGCAGCAGCAGCAGCAGGAGCAGGAUCACAUGUGUUCGCGGUUGCUGCAGCGGCGGCCGCAGGCAAGAUGUGGGCUGGAGGGGGUGUGUGUGGUGAGUGGCGGGAGUGGUGGCGGUGGUGGCAGUGGUGGCAGUGGUGGCAGUGAUGGCUGUGGUGGGAGGGGUGGCAGUGGUGGGAGGGGUGCAUGUGCGUUGGAGGGGGUGUGCGUGGUGAGUGUGGACGACCGCCCAGUGCGGCAUGCUGUCACUCUCAGUCUGCUGCGCCGCCUGGGCGUCUGCACCCUCCACUGCUCCUCCUUCAAGCACCUGCCCUCCCUCCUCGCGCAACACCGUGCCAUGGACCAUGGUAGUGGUGAUGACCUCACCACAGGCAUGCAUCCACAUGCCAUGCACCAUGCAGAGCAGGAGGAGUUGGUGGAGGAGGAGGGAGAGGAGGAAGAAGGGGAGGAGGAAGAAGGGGAGGAGGGGGAGAAGAGAAUGGAAGAGUUUUGCAAGGUUGCGAUGAGCUCUGGCCUUUCUCCUGCUGCCACAUCUCCUCACGCCCUGCCACUGCAUUCUCUUCAGCCUUCAACCACCCAAUCCCCUCCAGCUCGCCGCAGCGUAUCUCUCACAGCAGCAUCAACAACCCACCCAUCCGCUCCUCUCGCUCUCCCACCUUUUCCUCCCUCCACGUCCCACACCACGCUAACACAAUCCGCACAACUCGCACCACCCGCCUCCUCACUCGCACGUCCAACCCAACUCGCACAACUCCCACAACUGGCACCGCUUGCGUCCCUACAAUGCAAUGGAGCACCUCUAACAGCGGCUCACACAACACCCACACCUCAUAGCAUGUCUCACAUUCUUCCUGUUUCAAACCUCACACAGGCCAACACAGGGUCAACCAGCAGCCACUUCUCUCCUCCUCUUGAGCCUUUCGGCUCGCCGGCAAUUCUUGUAUCUCCUGCUUUCUUCUGCCCCUCCGCCUCCACCCCCUCUGCAUCCUCCACCUCCUUCUCCCCUCUCUCUCCUGCUCCUCCCCCGCGCCACUUCUCCUGCCCUCCUCUCUCCAUCCCUGCGCACUGCCCGAGUGGGAAAGGAGUGGGGGAUGGGGAGGAGGAGGACCAGCGGCAGCAGCGGUGGUGGCGGCAGCAGGGGGAAGAGGGGGAGGGGCAAAAGGACGCGAAUGAAGAGGGGGAGGGGCAGCAGGGGGCGCACUACAGGAGUUUGGGUGAGGUGGAGAGGAGGGGGUGUGUGGGGGCGGUGGUGGUGGAAGGGGAGAUGAUGCGGCGGCUGGGAGUGACUGCGGACCAGAUUCACGCCCUUUUGGCGGGGAAGGGGGGGUUUGCUGGGAUGGCGGGGCAGGGAAGUGGCAUCGGGAUGGCAGGGGAAGGUGAGCAGAUGAGGGAAGAGAGGGAGGAGGGGGAGGAGGGGGAGGUGAGCAAAGUGGGUACGGGAGGGUGUGCACUGGAGAAGCAGCAGCGCAGCAGCAAGGUCAGCAUUGGCAGCAAGAGCAGCACCACCUGCAGCACAUGGCCCGUGCCCUUCCUGGUGCUGCUGCACGGGUCCCUUCCGCUCGCACCCGACUCUCUUGCCGGAGACCCUGCCACGCCCGACAUCUCCAGCCCUUACAAGAGGGACGCCUAUAAAGGGGACGGUUUCGAUGCCGUCGUGAGGAAACCCCUCCGGAAGCUGGCUCUGGCUGCGGCGCUUCUGCCGCUCAUUGCAGGGGGCACGGAGGAGCUGCAGGGGGGUGUGUUGGAAGAGUGUGACAACAGAGAGAAGUGUGACAACAGUGAGAUUUGUGGGGGACAGGGCCAGUGGGGAGCCUUGGAGCUAGUGAGCCCCUCGGCGGGCAGCAGCGCUGCAGAUGCCAUCUGGCGAGCUGGCAAAUUCCCUGGCUUGCUCAUAUCCCCUCGCUCACUCCAAAACCCUCCCUCAUUCCCAACCCCUCACUCACUCAAAUCCCCUCACUCACUCAAAUCCCCUCACUCACUCAAAUCCCCUCACUCACUCAAAUCACCUCUCUCACUCCCGUCCCCCCACUCACUCCAAAAUCCUCCCUCACUCACAUCCCCCUGUGCCCAGCCCAUGGCACCCUCCAUGUCCCCAGCUGGGGGGGGUAUGUCUUUGGCUCCGUCAGACUCUGCGCUGCCCCCCCUAGCUACUGCACACGCCUCCCUAUCUUCCCUAACCUCCCCAUCAUCCCCAGCCACCGUAGCCGACCUCCUGCCUCGUCACCUCCUCCCUCCCGCUGCUGCCAGCAAUCACCUCUCUCCUGCGCCGGCUGCCUUGUCUCUGCCAUGCGUGGCUGUGAAUGGCUUCCAGCCAAAACACAGCUUGGAGGGCAGUGGCCGUGAGCCAACGCACAACUUGGACGGCUGUGGGCGUGAACCAGCGCACAGCUUGGGCGGCAGUGGCUCUUCAGUGGGCUUGGGGACGUCUCAAGGCGUGCGCGAGGAAGGAAGUGGCUCGCUGCUGCACCGAGCAGCAUCUCUCGAGCACCUGGUUGGGCCUGCUGCUGCGGCAGAUGCAACAUCCGCCGAGGAGGAAACGGCUCCUCUGGAGGCGGGGGAUUCGGCUGCCACAGGUGCUGCUACCGCUGCCAUAGAUGCUGCUACCGCUGCCACAGGUGCUGCUACUGCUGCCACAGGUGCUGCUACCGCUGCCACAGGUGCUGUUACCGCUGCCACAGGUGCUGCUACCGCUGCCACAAGUGCUGCUACCGCUGCCACAGGUGCUGCUACCGCUGCCACAGGUGCUGCUACCACUGCCACAGGUGCUGCUACCACUGCCACAGGUGCUGCUACCGCUGCCACAGGUGCUGCUACCGCUGCCACAGGUGCUGCUACCGCUGCUGCAGGGGCAAAAAGGUUGGGCACGCCACCCCUUGUGAGGUGCCACUCUGCUGCAGCGGCAGAGAUGGCUGGCUCAGUAGCAUCUGGGUGGGUAGAUGGGAAAGCAGGUGGGGGGGCAGGUGGUGGGAGGCGUUUUGAGAUGCCAAAGGGCGUUAGGCCACAGGGGUAUAGUUUGGAGGUGCCUCAAAGCAGGCAGUUAACCAGACGGGCUAGUCUUGGUAGCUGUUAUACAACCCAUGCCCCUGCUGAUGCGCCUCCUUAUGCUGCUGCUGCUGCUGUCGCAUCAGCAGUCCAGGAGCCGGCAACAGCGGGGGAGAAGCUUCAGAUAUUGGCGGGGAAGCGGGUGGUGGUGGUGGACGACAACCUGAUCAACCGCAAGGUGGCCGGCAUGCUGCUGGAGCGGCACGGAGCGCGAGUGACCGCCCUGGAUGGCGGGCUCAAGGCCGUCGAUGCCCUCGCUCCGGGCCACCCCUUCCACCUCGUCUUCAUGGACCUGCAGAUGCCAGGGAUGGACGGGUUGGAGGCAACUCGGAGGAUUCGGGCGCGGGAGAGGGCGAGGGGCAUGGGGCAUGUGCCCAUCAUAGCGCUCACAGCGGACGUCAUUGCGGGCACGCGCGAGCAGUGCUUCGUCGUGGGCAUGGAUGCGUACCUCUCCAAACCCCUUGAACACACCCACCUCGCCAACGCCGUGUGGCACUGCCUCGGCCAAUCGUAGAGACACGCACCCUAAAAGCUCCAACUCGCUAAUGGUGUCUGGCACUGCCUCGGCCAGGCCAGUCAUAUAGCCCCGUAAAGUUGGGGUAUGUGCCGAUAAUAGUGCUCACAGCGGGUGGGUAUUGGCUUGCCAACGCAUAGGGACAUGCCGUAUAGUCACAACGCCAUUUGGCUCUGCGUGUCUACAACUACCGGUGUUGGUGUUGCUUGUCCAACUCAUAGUGGCCUAUAGGCAUGCAUGGGAUAUCAAUAUAUAUAUACAUAUAUACAUAUAUAUAUAUAUAUAUAUCUUUAUUUAUAUGUAUGUAUAUGUAGGCUAUGCAGGUGCAUUACUCUGAUUGGAUACUAGUGUAGAGAGUACAACCCAUUUCUUGUAC